AUGAGUGCUUCAAAUACAACUAGAAAUAAUGAGUGGUUCAAGUUGCCAAAUUUACCCGAAAUGAUUCGGAGUGUCAUUCAGAUCAAAUCCAAAUUGCUAAGAAACGCAUUAGCGGAAGCUGUCGGUACAUUUAUUCUUUUGUUUAUUGGAACAAGUAUUAUUGCGCAAUUGCAUUUGCCUCACGGUACUAUCAACACAUGGGUUCAAAUAAAUGUCGGAUGGGGUUUUGCUAUAACAAUAUCCGUUACAUCUGUAUCGCAUAUUUCAGGUGGACAUUUGAACCCGGCGAUAUCAGUGCUAUUCUUCUCGAUGGGUAUGUUAGACAUUAUAUCCUUACCGAUAUAUAUCAUUGCUCAACAUAUCGGUGCAUUCUUUGGUGCUGCAGCAACCUAUGUUAUUUAUCGUGACGCAAUAAACAAUUACGAUGGUGGAAUAAGAGCGGUAUCGGGUCCAAAUGGGACAGCCGGCAUCUUUGCGACAUAUCCGCAACCAUAUAUGUCUCCCUUAUCCACAUACUUGGAUCAGAUUGUUGGAACAGGUCUGCUUGCAUUUUGCGUGUUAGUAAUUAUUGAUCAGCGAAAUAAAAUUCCAUCCGCAGCCCAUCCGUUGUUAUUUGGUAUAUCGUUGCUUGUUAUUGGCUGCGGAUUUGGUGUGAAUUGUGGUUAUCCGUUGAAUCCAGCGAGAGAUUUUGCACCACGAAUAUUCAGUUAUUUCAUUUACGGGAAAGAAGUUUUCACGCAUCCAUGGCGUUGUUGGUUCUUAGUGCCAAUAAUAGCUCCAACACUCGGUGCAUUAAUUGGUGGAUGGUUUUAUAUAAUUCUUCUCGGAAGUCAUAUACCGGAUCAGGAGUCAUUACAAGAAGGAUCACAGACAAAGGAGAGAUGA